UACUACUCUCUCCGUCGUCCCACAGCACCAUAUAAAGCGGGCGGACACGCGCUGCUCUGUGCAUCGAUCAUCACCCAUAAACACUCGCUCCAGCUUGGUUGCUUAUUAAUCAGGCCGUACUCAGCUCAGGAUCCAGGUGCAACGAUAGCAACAACAUGAGGACGGAGAUGGUGAUCAGGAUGCAGGCGGGCUCGGAGAAGGGCCAGAACUCCAAGGCCAUGAAGAUCGCGGCGGCAAUCGACGGAGUGGAGUCCGUGACUCUGGCCGGGGAAGGGCGGAACCUGCUGCGCGUGAUCGGCGACGGCGUGGACUCCAACUACCUGACCAGCAGGCUGCGGCGGAAGGUGGGCCACGCCGACAUCGUCGAGCUGCGGACCCUGCAGGCGGGCCGCGACUACCAUUCGGCCCAGGCCGGCGGCCCGCGUGGCGACGCCGUCACCACCUACGGCCAGUUCGGUAGCAGUUACCCCGCUGCGGCCAGCUACUCAGAGUACUACAGCCACCAGCAGCGGCCGUCGUACGGGUACUAUCCGCCGACGCCCUACUACGGCGGCAGCACCGUCGUGCACCACGAGUACCCGGCGGCCGGCGGCGACCCAAACGGCUGUUGCAUCAUGUAGCGUCGUACUAUAGUACUCGCCCUCGGUUUGGUGAUUUUGUUGUUUGUCUCUGCAGCCUAUAAUUAACUCGUGUGAAUUAGCAGCAGUUGUGAUCAGUCGGGGCUUAUAUUUUUUGUUGGCCAUCCUAUGAUCUGUAGUGCUCUCAGUCAGAUGUUGUUUGGACUUUGGAUUUGUAAAGCGAGGUGUGGAAUGCGCGAUGUUUUGUGGCAGCUAUAUUAUAACUGUUGGAAUGGAAAUCCUGCAUCGUCUCAGUUUAA